CCCGUACUCCUCGCACUCGUACUCUGUCCACUCCGUCAGGACAGCUUCUGAUACCUGCCGUUGACUCCCAACUACGACCGUGACGCUACACCGCUACAUACGCGAUUACUUGUUCAAGACAUCAACUACGCCUCGCCUCGCAUCGCUACCAGCUAUGUCGACCCCAGACGCUGUCUCCGUUGAGGAUAUGUCCGCGAACCGCUCGGCCCAACGCAACGAUAUCGCGGCCCUCUACGAGUCGUCUCCGGUCUAUCAAGUACUCUUCAACGAAGACUUAUUCGAGAACGUAGUGCGGCUCCUACUCGUCGCUCAGGAGGGACGCAACUACGGGUCUGUGGCUAGCCUAGCCCUCACAUUGCGACAAUUUACGCACACAGCGCUUCGAGUGCUAUGGGAGAGGAUGUGGUCGCUCGUCCCCCUUCUCAAAACGGUACCAGGAUUUGUAUGGACGGACUAUGCGAUGGAUGACGGUAGUGUGCAAUGGCAUGCCGUAGUGCCCCAAGACGAUCCGACGAAGCUCGCGCUCGACACAGUGGCCUUCAAACGGUAUUCGGCAUAUGUCAAAUACUUUGUCUGGUUGACGAACGACGAUAUCAGUCCGGCAACCUACGAUUUCUUCGAGCAAGCCCUAUCGUCUACGAAGCCGUGGUUCCCGUCCCUACGUUCCUUCAGGUGGUACGAACGUGGCAUGAUAAUCAAGGCCCCUCCACUGUGGGUCGUUGGCUCUCAGAGCUUGGAGAGCGCCUCUAUCACUGCAUCGUACUUCGGGAAGUGGAGGCUGGUGGGCCUAGUGAAGGCACUGGCGAACCGCAACCCCGACCUUCGACAUCUCAGUAUCACAACCACGAUGUACCUCGAGGACAUGCCCUUGGGGGAGUAUCGCCACAUCGGCCCAGCAAUCACCGAAUUCCUCUACAGAUGUGUUAAGAUCUCGUCGGGCGUGCCGAACCUUUGUUCCCUGUGUUCGUGCGUGCCUGUUCACUGGAAGGACAUCUUGAUGCUGGCGCAGAUGCCGAGGUUGGAGCAUCUCGCGAUCAUCGUGUUCAAGAAGAAGACGGAGGAUUUCGGGGCACUCCCCGAUCUCGCUUUCCAGAAUCUGCUUGUCCUGGACCUCGGCCUUGGCACGUUGGGCGGUCACGACAUAGUGAUCCGCUUACUCGAUGGUAUCGGCUCCCCGAGACUCAAGAACAUCGAGGUGUCGAUCGCGCGCGUUGCCCCGCGCGAACGAAUGGUACACCAGCUAUUCGAGACCCUCUCUCGGAGCGUAUACAAGGAUGCCGUCCAGCGGUUUGUUUACAACGCUGGGGCUCACGAAGCGGACGACCCAUCACAGCUCGCUACAGUCUCAAUGUGCACACUUCAGCCCCUCCUACAGCUGUCCAACCUCGCAUCGUUGUCCAUUGUGGUGCCCAACUAUUAUUUGAAGAUGGACGAUUUUCGUACGCUCUCUACGGUUUGGCCGAACCUCGUCGCAAUCGACCUCCAGCAGACCGCACGCAAUCCAUGGGCCAUCCCUGUUUUCUGGCUAGCCCCAUUCGCGCAGUUCUCGUUGAAACUGAAAACGAUAGCGGGAUUUGACGUGUACGGGGCGCCGCCCGGGGAAUCUCUGCCUGCCCGGGUCCUCAAUGAUGCUCCGAAUCCCGCAUCGCCAGUCGAGGCCGUCACUUGCGAUAUUCUCAAAGCGAGUAUGCCGUCUGAACUGACUGGGUUGUUGUGCGCGUCGAUGUCCUUCUCUGACUGAUGUAUGUGUACUCUUUCUAUCCUAGGUAGCCAUGUAGAAUGCUUUGCGAUCGGGUAUCCGCGCUACUCUACGUAACAAUGACGAUACAGCCUCAGGCUAACUUAAACUAUGCCAUAAUGAGUACAUGCAUUUGACACACCAUGCAAGUGCAGCCGUCCGAUACAACUUAAACUUGGGGCUGUACGUUGGUACUCUGAGUCUGACUUAUGACGCAGUAUGGUUGGCUUACGAUUCCUCCCGACUAGGGUGUCUAGGCGGUGACGGGCACACGGCUCCUAGUACUGUGUGCGUGUCGUCCUGUAUGUUGUUGAACUGGAUCACACAGGGCCUGAACGUAAGAUCUGCCUCAUCAUUGAUCUUGUUCACGCAGCCAUCGCAGCGCGAUCAAAGUGAUUCAGCAGACUCAAAAGUUCGGAUGUGAAACUAGAUGUUGCAUUAUUUCUAGUGGU